CGAUCGAUCGAUAAUUUGAUUUUUGUCGAAAUACUAUCAAAACGCUCGAUUUUAAAUCGUGAACUUUCUAGCGAUCGAAAUAUGGAUUUUUUCCGGAAUGGGAUGUUACAUCCCUCGCCAUCGUUGUCUCGUCGAGGCCUUCCCUCGCCGACCUUGUCUCCGGCCUCCCCUCUCCGUGACUCCGCCUCUCGCGACUCCGGACUUCCCUUUCCGCCCCUCCGCCUCCUCUUCCCAUAUCGCCGGUUGACAAUCUCAACCAUCAAAACUUCUCCCUCCAGAACUCUCUUACUGCCUUUGUCCAGCUCUCCACCUCAAUCGCCGCCUGCCCGCCAUCGACCUCCCAGUCCCAACUCACCCUCCGUCAUUGAAUCAGCCGUAGAGAGCAGCGUUAGUCGGAAGGAGUCGACGGAAGUAGAUCUAGCUCCAUGCAUGUUUGGGUUGCUUGCCGAAUCUGCCAGAUCUACCUCGUCGUCGCCAAUUGACAUCCCCAGACUACUCGAUCUACCUCGUCAUCGUCGCCAAUCGCAAGUCCAGAGUGGCUCCGGCGACUAUCUCUUCUUCGUCAACGAUGAUUAGGAUUUGAGGGAGUUCCCACCCCCAGUCCCCACCAUUCGUCAUCAGCACAUCUGGUAAUCGGGUACCCGGAAAAUAACCGCAUCCACAGCAAUCGGUAAUCGGUUUACCGAAGGAAUUCUGGUAUCGGCAAACGGCGGGGCUGACAUGCUUCUCGGUAUACCGAUAACCGGUUAGGCAGUUACCAGUUUAACCAAUAACCGACCGAUUACCAGCCCUAGUUUUUGUUGUUCUUUGCAACCUCAGUUCACUGUGCCUUGUAGAAAUACAGUGAAGAAGGAUAUAUUGGGACUGUAUGGGGCUGAAAGGGAUAAAUUUCAGAAGCUAAUUAAUGGUAAUCUUGGUA